AUGUCCUUUAAAUAUAUUAUCGUUUUAUUAAUCUUAUGCAUUUUCGCCAAUACCUGCGUGGAAUCUUACUCGAUACCUCAAGUACUCGAACUUCAUGCACGAGAUGACUACACCGAAAUUUUUAAGAAGCUUUGCGGAGGAUUCAACUAUACCAACCCAAAGGCAAAUGGUACAAUUCCCGCACAACAAGUAGACCUGAAAGUGAAAAAUGGCGACGUAAUUAACGUUACUUGGGCGAAGAAUCCAGACGCUGAGGUUUUGAAAGUGGUUUCUUGUGACCUGUAUACGGACAAAGGACUGUCAAAUCCUUUGUGGAAUAAAACCGCCGACUUUGUUGGUACUGUUGCGUGGGCACUUGUUAAAGUUGUUGUUCCAGCGGCCGAUGAAUCUCUUCUUCCUAAGAGAUACUUCUUAAGAAGUUUUGGUAGUACAAAAAAUGGUCCACAAUGUAAUUGCUAUAGGUAUGAUUGA